CGUGAGCUGCGCUGGGGUGAUGACGCAUUCCCUCAACAAUUAUGGAGAAAAGCUCUCUGAAGAUGUUGUGAACCGAAUGAAACAAUCUCCUGAACCUAAAAGGGACAACCAGAGAUCACCCCACUCAUCCAAUGGCACAGCCUCAUUAUCACCAGCUGCAGAAAGGAUGCCCAAAUCUCCUACAGGAAUCCAGCCACCAAUGGCAAGUAACUCUGAUCAGAAGUCUUCUACAGCAGAGCAGGAACUAUACCGGAGGUAUGAGCGAGAACAGGCACUGGUCCAGGAGGAGUUGCUCCGGCUGGCCAAGAGAGAAAGGGAAGCAGCCAGUGAGGCCUUGAAUACCGCCCUUCAGCGGGAAAGGAACAACACUAAUGAAGAGAGGCAGAGAGCGGCCCAGCUGCCUGCGGAUUUGGACGCCUGGGCCAUGGAGCUGCAAGGCAGGGAGGCAGAACUGAAGCGACAAGAGGCCUUCUAUAAAGAGCAGCUGGCCCGCAUUGAGAGGAAGAACGCGGAGAUCUACAAGCUGACGUCGGAGCAGUACCACGAGGCAGCCGCCAAGGCGGAGAAGUGGAUAAAGAGGAGGAGCACUGAUCCUGUCUGUGCAAGGCUGCAGUCUGAAAUUUUGAAGUGCUACCAAGAAAACAGACAUGAAGUACUCAAAUGCUCGGAGCUGGCUAAGGAGUAUCAGCGCUGUGUUAGCGCAGCUCAGAAGGAGCUGUUAGUUAAUUCUGGAUAAACAUCAACAGCCACCAAAGAGCAGAAGACAGGGACAACAGAUGCCCUUGGAAGUCCCAGCAUCCUUCUGGAUAGACACUGACCAAAACUGGUGCCUUCUGCCCAUAGCGGUCCAAGACAACGACAUGAUUCCUCUACUGAUUGCCUGCAUGUAUCAGUCUCGAUGGAUGUUUCUGGUCCUGGGGGAGGGGGACACUAUUGCUUCCUUUUUUUUUAUUGUGUUACAAUAUAAACAAUUAUUUUGACCACAAGUGCUCCUGGCACAGCUUGUAGUUUGGAGGCUCACCUAACACAGGCGUGGUUCACCAUAUACUGGCUUUGGUUUCACCCAUCCCCGUGUGAGUUUUGAGAGCUUUUGUCCUUGUCCUUGUUCUUCAAAGACAGGAGUCUGAAGUACUUGGUAGUACUCCUGACUAGCUUGUUAGGAUUAACUGUGCCUAGCACGCUCCCUUUGGUUACACAAGCAGGCGCGUUUCUUCCCUUCCAAGAUUCCCUCCUAACCAAUAAAGUGUUUAAUGGUCA